UAAUUCGGUACUAAAGUUUAUAAAUUUCAUGUAUUCUGAAUUUAAUUUAAAGCAUGUAUUUUUUCAUAAAUCAUAAUUAAUGCACAUGAUUUAAGUUAAGGAACUUUUGAUUUUCGUUGAUUUAUUCCACUUGGAGUCCUCCAGAGUCAAUAUACACGCGUCUUAAAAUGAAUAAUUCUGGAGUCAUCUUUUUUAUGACACUUGUAAUAGUUACUUUUUACUAUUUGCAUUUACUUAACGUAAAAAACAAUCGCGUGUCGUCCCAAUCGUCUGCGACACGGUAUCCACCCCAAGAGGUGGUAGAAGCCAAACCUGUCGCUGAAAAUUGGGAGGUCUCGAAGAAUGGCUAUUGGGUGGGUCAGGGUGCCGUUAAGGGUCAUAAUUUUGACGCUCCACUGGCCGAAGGAAUGCUAAAAUUUUUGCAAUCUGAAGGUUGCAAAACCAUAUUGAAAUUGGGGUCUGGGACUGGUGCUUAUGCUAGAUUCAUAAAGAAGCACGACAUCCACGUGUCCUGCUAUGAUGGAAAUCCGUCCACCCAAGAAAAUACUGAGGGGACUUGCGGCGUCCUAGACUUUAGUAAGGCUCUAGAUUUGUCUCCAGCAGAGUGGGUCAUUUCACUCGAAGUGGGCGAGCACAUUCCUGCCGAGUUCGAAUCCGUUUUUAUACAAAAUAUAAAGCAACACGCGAAAAAUGGUGUGAUCUUGAGUUGGUCUGUCGAAGGACAAGGAGGAGUUGGACAUGUGAACAACAGAAACAAUGACUACAUUCGUAGCUUGUUUCAUCAAAGUGGAUAUGCUUCAGAUUACAGAGCGGAGGUCACACUGAGAAAAGUAGCAACUUUACCUUGGUUUAAAAAUACGUUAAUGGUUUUCAAGAAAAAAAAUUUAGCAUGUAACACUCCGUGAUUGCCUGUCAAACCGGACUUUUAAGAUUUUGGAACAAGGGUUCCACGUAAUUGUGCUUCUCCCUUUUUUGAACCGGGUUGUCUAAGUUGUCGCAAGUUUUCGUAGUCUUGAUAUGGAUGGGGUGCAAAAACCUAAAUCUGAAUUAAAAUAUUUAUACCAACAUGAUUAGAACAGGAAAGCCUUGACUUCAUUUAUGCAUAUAAAUAUUAGUUCUUUUCACUUACAAUGGAAGUCUUCCAGUGUUUGCUCCCCGAUAUUGACCAAAUUAGUGUCAAUCAAUCACAAAUUGAAUUAAUAUUAGCAAAAGAUAAGAUCUGCAAAUACUCAGGUUUAGCGGAGAUAUUUGCAUCGAAAUAGUAAAAAAAUGCGCCCUAAAGUUGACAAAGUUUACACGUUCCAAAUUUACUUGUUUUCUCCUCUCCGGAUGGAAAUAUAUCUGCCACACCUGAGCAUUGGCAGAUCGUCUCUUUUACAAAUUCUAUAUUUAAUUAAACUUGGAUCGAUUGACACUAAUUUGGCCAACAUCGAAGAGUAUUCGCUGGGACACCUCAAUUGUUAGUUUUUGUAUUUAAUUCUUAUACGUUCCUAUUGCUGGAUAUGAAAAUAUUCUAAUCUAAGAUUGUUGAAGCAUCAAAGUUACAAUGACUACUAAUAAAUAUUCAUUUCAC